AUGAGGGAAAAUGACAUGAGUGGUAGUAUAGAUAGACGGGUAAGCAAUCAGGAUGAUCAAAACGAUCAUCAUAUUAACAAUGGCAACCUAAUGAAGAAAGCCCCGAUGAACAAUGAGCAAAUUGACAGAACACAAGAUAUCGAUAAUGCUAAAGAGAUGUUGAGAAAAAUAUCGAGUGAAAGCAGCUCGCGCAGAAGUUCCUUGUUGAACAGAGAUUCAUCUCUCGUGCACGGUAACACAGGUAGUGGCGGCGGUACAAGCAUUAAUGGAACAAGAGGAAGUUCUAAGAGUAGUAAUACACAUUUUCAGUAUGCCUCCACGGCGUACGGUGUAAGAAUGCUAAGUAAAGAUAUAUCGAAUACCAAAGUGGAACUUGAUGUGGAGAAUUUGAUGAUUGUUACGAAACUCAAUGAUGUGUCGCUGUAUUUCUUGACAAGAGAACUGGUGGAAUGGGUACUAGUGCAUUUUCCACGUGUGACUGUUUAUGUGGAUUCCGAAUUGAAAAACAGCAAGAAAUUUGCCGCUGGUGAAUUGUGUGAAGACAGCAAAUGCAGGGAAUCAAGGAUCAAGUACUGGACGAAGGAUUUUAUCAGGGAACAUGACGUUUUCUUCGAUUUAGUGGUGACUUUAGGUGGUGACGGCACUGUGCUUUUUGUAAGCUCUGUUUUCCAAAGGCAUGUGCCUCCCAUUAUGUCAUUUUCGUUGGGAUCCCUAGGAUUUUUAACAAACUUCAAAUUUGAACAUUUCAGGGAGGAUUUACCUCGGAUAAUGAACCAUAAGAUCAAGACCAAUUUACGGUUGAGGUUAGAAUGCACCGUUUAUCGUAGACACCGUCCUGAAGUAGACCCAAACACGGGAAAGAAAAUAUGCGUUGUGGAAAAAUUAAGCACACACCACAUUUUAAACGAAGUGACCAUCGACCGUGGUCCAAGCCCCUUCUUGUCCAUGUUGGAAUUGUAUGGAGACGGCUCAUUAAUGACCGUCGCACAGGCGGACGGGCUAAUUGCUGCUACUCCAACUGGAUCAACGGCAUAUUCCUUGAGCGCUGGUGGGUCAUUAGUAUGCCCAACCGUGAAUGCAAUUGCAUUAACGCCCAUUUGUCCACAUGCGUUGAGUUUCAGACCCAUUAUCCUGCCAGAGAGUAUAAACCUAAAGGUGAAAGUCUCUAUGAAAUCGAGGGCUCCAGCAUGGGCGGCAUUUGAUGGUAAGGAUAGAAUCGAGUUGCAAAAAGGCGAUUUCAUUACAAUAUGUGCUAGUCCAUAUGCUUUCCCCACUGUAGAAGCCUCACCCGAUGAGUUCAUCAACAGUAUCAGUCGACAACUGAACUGGAAUGUGAGGGAACAACAAAAAUCUUUCACCCAUAUCCUGUCCCAGAAGAACCAAGAAAAGUAUGCGCACGAGGCGAACAAAGUCAAGAAUCAAGCGGAACCCUUGGAAGUGAUAAGAGACAAACAGCCCAUGAAAAUUGAUGUAGGUAAGGAAAACGAAAACGAGAGCGACGAUGAAAGCGACGAUGAAAGUGAAAACUGCGAAGCUUGCAAAUUAAAGCCUUCUACCGCCGUAAAACCUUCACAGGCAAGAUUUUCAGUUUAG